ACCUCGUUAAGUUUGUUCAUCAGGACAGGAUAUGGUGGGAGUGUAACUGACCGCUACGUUAUUUUAAUAUGCAUGGUUAGGGGCGGGCGUAGGUAUGGGUGUGACGCUGCGAACCCCGGAAUCAUAACUGAUUUAAACUAUUGCCAGGCAACGAGGUCUAGCCUGUGCUACGGACCUCUCAAACAUACAUCUCCUGAAACCUUUAACUCAUCCGUGACAUACGACCCACUUACAUUUGUCCCCUUGAUGGAGACAGAAGGCGAAGUCAACGUGUGUAAUGGCACAUUUUGCUGCAAACUCCAGUACCGGCGGAUACAACAGGGUGACAGUAAAGAGCUCUACGCAUUGGGAGCAUUUGCUGGAAAACACCACGGAAUCUACUUCAUCCAGGUGUGUGCACUCCUCCGCUGUGCAGGGUUGGACCCCAGUUCCUGUGGACAGAAAGUACAAGAGGCUAAAUUUGACUUCGUUUUGGAAGGGAGGUUUGGGUCCAGAUAUGUGUAUCCAUCAGUUUUGGCCAGCAAGUUUGUCCUGGAGCAGCCAAAGCAACUGGAAACAGCUCCAGAUGGCACAGUGACCAUGACACACUCAAACAUGACCGAUGGGCUGGUCACUGCCUGUCUGUACGGACGAAUGUAUCACCUGGACAAUGAAUAAAAUGACAGACUCGGUAACAAGAACUUACUUUUUGCCAAUUUGAAAAAAGGGCUAAAGAGUUGCAGAUUUAUGGACAAUUUAACACUUAAUAGAAAAUAAUUGUACAACCAUAACAUUCGUAACUGGAGGUUUGUAAGUCCAUACAAUAC